AUGACGGCCUUCAAGGUGCGACUGCGUGUGCCGUCGGCGCAAAAUGCCCAAGCCUCGUCGGGGCCUAAGGAAGCAUCGCCGUCGUCUUCAGCGUCACAGCCCGAUGCUGAGGCGGCGGCUGAGUCGCCUGCGGAUGUCUCCUUGCAGGGCGAAGCGGCCUCAGAGGACGAAUUAGCAGACGAUUCCAUGGCCGCAGAGGGCUCACCCGAUACGAGCCUGAACACUACUGAACCGAGCAAAAGCAAAAAGGCCAAGUCCCAUCGCCGCUUGCCGCCUGCGCCCGGCUCCAUCUCAGCGGUGGCUGCUACCCUCUCCCUCGAGGAACUCGAUGCACUUCCGUCGGCUAAGCGGAGAAAGGGACUCAAGACACGCGGCGCCCCGGGCCCUGGUCGUGGCUGGCGAAAGGGACUGUCCAAGGGACAAAAGCCCGUGUACCGCCUUCCAGGAUCGGGCAUGUCGACAGCGGACCUGCCCCAGAACCUGGCUGUGCAAGCGACGACGCCACCGACGAUCGGGAAGAUGGCCGCGGCUAUGACGUCAGAGACAUCGAGCGCCCAGAAACGCAAGCAUUCCUCCAGUACCAAGACGGAUUCGCCCGCCCCCUCUACCAGCACGAUCAGAGUGGCGCAGAAUGCGCCAGACGCCGUAUUCAAAUACCCAUCGAUUCCUUCGUCGAAAGACACACCAGAUAUCCUGCCAUUGGCGCGCAUCCCCAACUAUAUUCCCACGAUACAGCCGCUUGCGCGAUCCUUUGCAUCCAACAAGCCGCGGCCCUGGCGGCAGGCGACGCGCGAGAUUCUCAGUAUCGGCGGUCGUCCAUGGCGUGCGCCCGUGUGGCUGAGUGAGGCGUCAGACGAGCCGGCCGCGCCGCAGGAGGCACCAGCCUCGGAGGAGUCGACGCCCGCACCAGCCACAGCUUCGUCACCGGCCUAA